AUGCUUCACACGGCGAGGUUCUCUUCCGCGGCAUUUUCUGGCAUCAAGAAUGUUACCGUCAUCGGAGGUGGCCAAAUGGGGUCGGGCAUUGCUCAGGUGAUCGCUCAGAAAGGCCAGAACGUCUCACUUAUCGAUGUGAGCGAAGAAGCAUUAAAAAAAUCGAAACAAACUAUCACAAAAGGCUUGAAAAAAGUAGCCAAAACACUGUACAAGGAAAACCCGGAAGAAGGAGAGAAGUUCGUAGAGAAUUCUUUGCGGCAGAUACAGUUCUCCACGGAUUUAUCAGGAGCAGCCAGCGAAUCGGACCUGGUCUUGGAAGCCAUCGCCGAAGACCCCGAGCUUAAAAGGAAAGUUUUUGCUUCUAUCGACAAAGUGGCACCUGAGAGGACAAUUUUCGGAACCAACACCUCCUCGAUACCGGUGAGGGACUUGAGUGUCGCGGUCGAAAGGAAAGACCGCUUCACCGGUGUCCACUUCUUCAAUCCAGUUCCGGUUAUGCAGUUAGUCGAGUUGGUGAGGGCAGACACAGUUUCGGAUGCAACUUACAACACCCUGUUUGAAUGGCUGAAGUCCAUCGAUCGAAAACCAAUCAGUUGCAAGGACACUCCUGGUUUUAUCGUCAACAGGCUUCUCUUCCCUUUCUUGUCCGAAGCCAUUAAGAUGUACGAAAGAGGAGACGCCGAACUGAAGGACAUCGACCUCGCUAUGAAACUAGGGCUCAAGCACCCGAUGGGACCUAUUGAACUAGCUGACUGGAUUGGUCAUGACACAAUUGUCUCUUGCAAUGCUGUUUGGAGAGACCUGCAUCCCGGCGAUCCUGUCUUCACACCACUGAAAUCUCAACUGAAACUUGUUGAAGAAGGAAAACUUGGCUUUAAGACUGGCGAGGGAUAUCACAAAUAUAAAUGAUAUUAGUCUAGUAGAUUUUUUAAUGAAUGUUUCAACAGUAAAUAUAUAAACUAUUUAUUUAUUUGUAUAAUUAUCCUACAGCUAAUCUAUCUGUGUGUUUAUAUGUUGAUUCAUCUUUCAUUUUUGGAAACUUAAGUUUUAAAUAAAAU